GCUGGAACCCGGGCAAGUAAGUCGCCUGAUGAUUCUGAGUCUGAUGAUCUUAGGUGUCCUUUAACUACGGCAGAAGCCUUUUCGGUCUGACAUGGCAGAAAACCCAAUGGACAUGUCAACACAAAUACCGAGCAACGAAGACACACACAAUGAGAACAUCCGUUGCUUAACCACUCUUGGCCAUUUUGGGUUUGAAUGUUUGCCCACUCAGCUGGUGAACAGAUCCAUCCAGAAAGGAUUCUCUUUCAAUAUUCUCUGCGUGGGAGAAACUGGAAUCGGCAAAUCAACACUGAUCAACACACUGUUCAAUAUUAAUCUGAAAGAGAGCAAGGCCUCCCAUUUCUAUUCAAAGGUUGGACUUAAAGUGAAGACGUAUGAACUUCAGGAUAGAAACAUUCCCCUGAAGUUGACUGUUGUGAAGACAGUGGGGUACGGUGAUCAGAUAAACAAAGAAGCCAGUUACCAGCCAGUAGUUGACUACUUGGAUGCUCAGUUUGAGGCAUAUCUCCAGGAGGAGUUGAAGAUCAAGCGUUCCCUGGUGGACUAUAACGAUUCCCGUAUCCAUGUGUGCCUUUACUUCAUCGCGCCUACAGGACACUCCCUCAAGUCCCUGGACCUGAUGACGAUGAAGAACAUUGACAGGAGGGUGAACAUUAUACCACUGAUUGCCAAAGCCGACGCACUUUCCAAAAGCGACCUCCAGAGGUUCAAGAGUAACAUCAUGAGCGAGCUGGUCAGCAACGGCAUCCGGAUAUUUCAGUUUCCCGAGGAUGACGAAGAUGCUGCUCAAGUAAACACCUCGGUGAAUGGGCUGCUACCUUUUGCUGUGGUAGGAAGUAUGGAGGAAGUGAAAGUUGGAAAAAGAAUGGUCAGAGGUCGUCACUACCCUUGGGGAGUUUUGCAAGUGGAGAAUGAGAACCACUGCGACUUCGUGAAGCUCCGGGAUCUGCUGCUGUGCACGCACAUGGAAGAUCUGAAAGAUCAAACCCACACCCAGCAUUACGAGUGUUACAGGAGCAGCAGACUGCAGCAACUGGGCUUCCACGACACGGGCCCCGACAGUCAGCCAGUGAGUUUCCAAGAGAUGUAUGAAGCCAAAAGACAAGAGUUCCAUGCUCAGUGUCAGAGGGAGGAGGAAGAGCUGAAGCAGACGUUCAUGCAGCGGGUCAAGGAGAAGGAACUGACCUUUAAGGAUGCUGAAAAGGAGCUGCAGGACAAAUUUGAACACCUGAAGAGAAUCCAACAAGAGGAGACCCUGAAACUGGAAGAAGAGAGAAGAAAGUUAGAAGAGCAAAUCAUAGAUUUUUAUAAAAUGAAGGCCGUCUCUGAGACAUCGCAGGCUCAGGUGUACACCAAUGUAAAGAAGGACAAAGAUCGCAAGAAAUGAUCUCUUCUUACCAUUCCAGCUGGUUGAGAGUUCACCAUCCUCUCUUCAUGUACCCAUGAACUUGUCUGCUGCAUAGUACUUAACUUUGACUGGAAGUCUAAUCUUUUCAGCGAUUAUUUAGCAUGUGUGAUUUUGUACUGGAGUGUCAAAUACUUUGGAGGAAGAUACCAUGCGUAUCUUGUGAGGUGUUGCAACAUGGACCAGCACUCCAUGGUUGUGUUCAUUAAUAAACAUAGCCAAGAAGUAUCUAGCAUAGUAUAGACAUAUAUGAUCAGACAGAGGACCUUUGCUACCGAUGUGCCUUUGACUCUAGUAGUGACUUUUACAAUUUCUGCUUCUUUAGAGUUUUUACUCUCUCUCUCUCUCUCUCUCUCUCUCUCUCUCUCUCUCUCUCUGUGUGUGUGUGUGUGUGUGUGUGUGUGUGUUUUGUUGUUUAUUUAUUUUUUUUUGAGACAGGUUCUCACUAUGUAGUACUAGCUGUCCUUGCUAGCACUUUGUGUAGAUCGGUCUGUCCUUGAACAGUGAUACUCCUGCUUCUGCCUCCCGAGUGCUGGGAUUAUAAGUGUAAACCAGCAUACCUAGCUCUAUCGAAUUUUUCUUGAGGAUGCAUAGGCAUAAAGUAUUGUUAUAAAAGGUGAUUAUUGGUUAUUCCCUUACCAAAUUCUAUUGAUAGCUAUUCUUGAUAAUUUUAAUUGCAAUGUAGCAUUAUGUUUUGAUUAGAACUCCUAUGUGUUGUGGAAGUGAAAAUGAAAGGUUCAAAAUCUAGAUGGCAGCAGACUGAUAAUAUUAAUCCUUAAAGAUUUUGGCUCUAUGCUAAAAAAUUAUUACCGUGUACAGUAUGGGAUAUGGUUCUUUGUCCUGUUUUUAAAAAUGUCCUGAUUUUAUAAACUGAGGUGAGGGCUUUUUAAAUUUAAAACAUUUUUUAUCUAUUACUUAUUUGAUGUUUUGGUGUGAGCCUAGCCUUUAGUGGCUGAGCCCCAGUUACGUAUUUGAAUGUGGUUGACCUUCCCUAUGCUGACCCAUUCUAUGACAAUGCAGCCUUUGAAGGACUUCGUCUCUGUGUACUUCAGCCACAUUUGGAUCAAUUCUUUCUUAAUAGUCCUGAGCAAAGUAGAGUUCUAAUGAAAUUUUUAAUAUUGCAUCCAUUUCAAAUGCAGCAUUUAAGGCUAUCACUAUAUGUACUCAAAACACUUUAUAAUUUAUACUUAUAAUAUUUCCGUGAAAAAGUCUUGUGUGAAAAGUGACAAGAAAGAGAAACAAAUCCAUAACAGUUUUAUAUUUUUUGGUAAGUCAUCUUACAAGUCGGGUGAGAAAGACAUAUAAUACAUGGCUAUCAUAGUGCCAACAGGAGAAGAACAAAGAUCUUUCUUCUGAUCAUUUAUGUCAUUUAUGUAUUCAUUCCUAGAUUUAGGACAAUUCUUAAUGCACAGCGAAUACUAUUAAUUGAAUAAAUCAUCCCAGUAGUAGUGUGUUACCUGCAUUAUAUACAUGAAUAGUUUAAUUCAGAUAAUUGACCUUUUUAUUUUUUGAGAAAGGGUUCCUUUGUGUAUUCCUAGCUAUCCUGGAACUUACUCUGUAGACCAGGCUGGCAUCAAACUCCACCUGCCUCUGCCUCCCGAGUGCUGGGAUUAAAGGUGUGCACCACCACUGCCCAGCUAGAUAAUUGACUUUCAAACAUAAUAUAGCGUAUCACUGUUUUCAACAUGGCUGUGAGUUAUAUUGCUGAAAUGCUUUUUCUAUUGCCAUUCUUUAAUCUUAAUGCAGUGUUUGUAAAAUUGGAACUGACAAUGUUAUACAAUAGAUAACAUCAAUAAAAUUCAUGGUGUGUGUUA